UACUGAACGUGGGUAGUUGUUCAAAAUGUUUAGUUUAAUUUUAUAUUUAUUUUCAUUGUUCUUCAUUUUCGGUGCAAACAGUAUUCCAAACUCCAUAAUCGUUCCAUGCAAAUUAAAUGAUGAAGAAUGUAUGAUAAAAUCAGCAAAUAUAGGGAUGCGAAUCCUAGGACAAGGUGUUCCAUCUUUGGGGAUCGAAUCUAUAGACCCAAUGAAAAUUGAUUUACUCGAUAUUAAACUUCCAAACAUUACAUUAACGUACAAAAAUACAACUAUGACUGGAUAUUCGAAAUGUGAAGUUCAAAAUGUCAUGUUAAAUAUGGAUUCUCUAAAAUUAAAAUUUGAUUUGAAAUGUCCAGCGUUAGAGCUGUCUGGGCAUUAUUUUGUCUCUGGUGAUCUAUUAUCACUUCAUUUAGAAGGGCAAGGACUAGGUAAAACAAGCACAGGUAUCUAUUUGAUACACGUGGACUUUGAUUUGGAACGAAUUACUGGUGAAGAUGGAAAAACAUAUUUGGCUAUAAAGAAAUUCAAACACACUUCUGAAGCUUUAGAACCAAUUAAAUUUCAGUACGACAACUUAUUUAAUGGUCAAAAAGAAUUAUCGGACGCUGCUCAUGCAUUUGCACAUGAACAUUAUAAAGAAGUUAUGGCACCAUUUCAAGACGCUGUUCAUGAUGUUCACUUCAAAUAUCUAUCAAAGUCCAUCAACCAAUUGCUUAAAACUACGCCGAUUGACAAUUUGUUUAUUCAUUAGUUUUCUUAAGUUAAUUAAAUAAAGUUUAAUAUUUCA